AUGUCUGCUUUUCCACGGUAUACAGAAGAAGAAGAAGAAGAACAAAAUAUAUUUAGAACUUUAUAUACUCAUAUGGCUGAUCAUAAUAUUGAAUUAACUGAAAAAGAUCAUAAACAAGCUAUUGAAACUGGUAAAAAUAUUACGCUCAUUAAUUGGUCAAGUAUCUAUUUAUGUUUACAUGAACAAGAAUUUGGUAAUUUAACUGAUACGAACACAAACAUUGAAAGAACAUGA